UUCUCCAAUCUGUAGUCAGUCGGUAUUACCAAUCCUAUUAUCCAUCAAAUAAAUAAAUAGGCGCUAGCAGUAGUGUUUACCGAAAGCUUUCCGACCGACCGACCGACCGACAUCUGCCUGCUUCUUCAAUGGCUCCAUCGUCUCUCCAGCUCCCGAUACACUCUCCUCCUAGCCUGAAAUCCACACUUGAUCCAUUUUUCUUAUUUCCUUUGGUAUCAUCAUUCGUCAAUCUAGGAGCUUCAUCAUCGAACCUUAUUCGACGACGGGAAUCCUUAACCAUCAGAGCUUACAGUAAAUCAAUUGCCGGUCAAUCCAAUGAGCAGAAUAAGAGAGAGUUACUUGAAAGCUAUGGUCUUAAUCCAGACGAGUUUCUGUCGGAAUCUUCCCAAAAGUCGAAGAGGAAGAAAGAGCUGCAAAGGAUUAGAAGGGGAAGUGAGACCUCACAACAAGAGACUGCAGGCUCCCCGAGGGAGACCCACAGAUUGCUUCAGGUUCUUGGGGGAAAUGCUAGAAGAAAGAAAUUGCUAUCACCAAAAGGAAUGGAUGUCCGGCCAAUGAUGGAAGUUGUUAAAGGUGCUGCCUUUGGGAUUUUGCAGGUGUCUGGAGGCUGUCCUUCUUCAUUGAGACCGGGUCGUUGGUUAGACUUGUACAGUGGCACAGGAUCUGUGGGGAUUGAGGCUCUAAGUCGCGGAUGCUCUGAGGUGCAUUUUGUUGAGAUGGACCCUUGGGUUAUUUCACAAGUUCUGCAACCGAAUUUGGAGUGGACUAGUUUUCUAGAUGAGUCGAUAAUACACGCAGUUCGUGUUGAGAAGUUUCUAGAGCAAUCAGUGCAAGUUGUAGGGAAAUAUGGUACAUUUGAUUACAUCAGUGUAACUCCUCCUUACACCCAAGUGGAUUAUGGUGUGCUCAUGGAUCAGAUAUCAAAAUCAUCUGUUGUUGGAGAAGAUACAUUCAUACUAGUGGAGUAUCCUCUUGGAACAAGCAUGUUGGACUCUUGUGGAUGCGUCAUAAAGAUAGCGGACCGAAGGUUUGGCAGAACACAUCUAGCAAUUUAUGGGCCAAAGUGGGCACUGAAAAAGAGAAAAUCUGAAGCAUAACUUGGAAUGGUGAAAGAUGAUGUCUGAAUUAAUUGAACCCACCCAACAACAACAACAAUAACAACAAGGGAGGGGGUGAGGGAUGGUUGUUACGGACAACAAUCAAUUUUCUGUGAAAAAAACAAACAGAUGUAGUAGAUGUUUAUUGUUUGUUGUUUUUCUUUAGGUCUUCUUUUGUAAUUGCAACACAGGGACAUAGAUCAUCACAGUUUCUUAAAUAAAAACUACUGUUAUUUCACAA